UAUUGCUGUUACUGUUACGUGUAGUGUGAUAUAUUUUUAAAUUAAUAAUCGUUAAUAAUAAUAAUUAGUAAUAAUAAUAAUAAAUAAAAAAUAGUAAUAGAAAUUAGUGUUGUUGUCAUAUAUAAAUAUCAAACAGUGUUAGAGUGCGUGCGAAUGUCAAAUAAAAAUCCAGAUAUAAAAUUAAACGGGGAACUAAUUGAACCCUCGAUUGUUGUUGGAUCCUCGUGUCUGACAAAGAUGAUAUUAUAUCUACUACUUGGGCUUUUGGUGGUGGAAACCCGCACGGCUCAAGGCCUGCUGUUUCGUGAUCACCGAGCGAACGAGCACAAUACCCUGAAUGAUUGGCCGUACUACGACGAAAACGUACCGCGGAACGUAACAACAGCAAUCAGCCAAACGGCGUUUCUCCACUGCAGAGUUCAUCAGCGUGGCGACAAAGAGGUGUCGUGGAUGCGGCAACGUGACAUGCACAUAAUAAGCGCGGGAAUAUCGACGUAUACAUCUGACCUGAGAUUUCAAGUCAUUCAUCCGGACAAGUCUGAGAAUUGGACACUGCAGAUAAAGUCGCCGCAGGAACGAGACUCGGGCGUCUACGAAUGCCAAGUCAGCACAGAACCGAAGAUGUCCCUCAACUAUACCCUCAACGUGGUCGAACCACGAGCAAAAAUAAUGGGGCCCUCGGAUAUUUAUGUAAAAACAGGGAGUGUGCUGACAUUAACCUGCCUGAUGUCUCAAGGACCCCAUGACUUGGGAACAGUGGCUUGGUUUCGUGACAAUCAACCAGUCAUGACGUCUGCAAGAAGUGACAAUGACAUUGACCAGCAGCCGCGAAUUACUGUCGAGACUGAGUGGAGUGAAGCUCUUACAUCGAGAUUAAGGAUUUUCUCGGCAAAACUGAGCGACUCGGGAAAUUACAGCUGUGUGCCAACCGUCGCAAAAAGAGCCAGCGUAAACGUUCACGUUAUCAACGGUGAACAUCCUGCAGCAAUGCAACAUGGCAAUACUGCAGUCGGAAUGCCAACAUCCGGUGCCUACCUAUUGCUCGCACUUAUCAUCGGCCAGUUCAGAUAAUAUGAUGCACAAUGGAUUUACGAGGGAUUUACGUGUGUGAAAUUCAACGAUGCGUGAGUGUGUGGGAAUGUUAGAAAAACAAAAAAAUAUAUUAUGAAAUUUAAUGAAUAAUUUCAAAAAUAUAAAUAAAUAAAUUCCGACACCUGAUUAAUGACUGGAUUGUAGAUGAGGAAUAUUUUUUUAAAAUGAGAUUAAUUUUAUUUAUAUUUUUUUGACGGGUUACUUUGCUCAAUUGUCGAGAUCUUUUUUUUAUUCAGCACAGGAAAUUGCUAUUAUUAUUAUUAUCAGUAAUUAUGAUGGUAGAGAUGAAUGAUAAUGAUAAAAAAUAAUAAAAUAUUAAUAGCAAUGGAAACAUAGACACGUAAAACACGUGAUUUUAAUCUCGACUAAGAAAAUUUUUCGCUCGUCGUUAUAUCGUUCCACAUAAUUAAUUAAAAGUCUUGUUAAAGAAUAUUCCUUGUCGUGAUGAAACUUUUCAUCAGCUAUGGAACAUUGGGUGUCCCUGAAGUGACUUACGGGAGAUGAGAGACGACAAAAAAGAUAAACAACAAGUAGCAAAAAAAAUAAGGAAAAUAAUAAAUAAAAAAAAAAAAUAAAGAGACAGCGAGACAAAAAAUAUCUGAGCAGGAUUAAAACAAUAUUGUUUGUAGGUAACGACGCUCGAGCUCUUUCACAAUUGUUCAGUGCUCGUUCCACAGGAUAAAACCUAUGCCUUUUUAACUUUUAGUUCUUAUUCCAUAUAGAUUUUUUUUUCUACCCUUUCAUUAUUAUUUUUUUUUAUAUUUUCAUCACUUAUCCCAACACCUAUUGUCCAACUCUGCGGGUCUAGAGUUCCCGAUAAUUCCCUCGUCGUGGAAAACGAGUCGCAUCAUUACGGAUAUAUUGAAAAUUCAAAAGACGUCAAUUUGUUAUUUUUUUUUAUUUUUUAUCCCAAAAUAUUGAGCGGUUUAUAAAAUUUCCCCUACAUCCCGUGACAUAGAUUCGCACAGUGUUAAAUGUCAAAAUAAAUGUCGUACUAUAGGAUAAAAAUAAAAAUAAAAAAUUUAAUUGUAAUGACAACAAAUAACACACCCGUUUACACAGUAACAAAAAAAAGUUUUAAAUAAAAAUGAUAAGUACAUAAA